CUCAGGAGCAAAGCAGCGGUAGAUUUUCUAUAAUUAGUUUAAGGUAAAGAAGCUGGUACAGUAUCUCCCCUCCAGGCUGACAGGGAAAUCGAAAACAAAACUGCAGCCUGUCAGAGCUGAGCCUGGCUUUGAUCAGGAACAUCAGCGUUGGCUUCUGCUGGAGUGGUUUUGAGGGAAAGGGGAAGAGCAGCAAUACUCAGCCACGGCUAUUCUGCUAUUCUUGCACGUGCUUGCAGAGARAUGAAUGCUUUUAUUUUCCCACUUUCCCAUGCUAUUUCCCAGCCAAAUCCGUGCAGCAAUUURUAUUUUGCCACCAGAGAUGCCGUCUCGGUUGUCACCCUGGAAUAGCUGCCAAGCUCCCUGCUGGCAUUGUCAUGGAACAAUAUUUCUACUAUUUGUUGUGGUAAUAGUUGUUAGUGGCAAAGCAAUUAACSUGUCACCUGCAGCACGACCAAACGUGACCUCUUUCCAUCCCAGCACCAUUUUGGUGCCCAAACCAGUGAACCUGGGCUCUCCUUGGUUCUGCUGCUUUGGUGCCAGGGAUGUACCGGAGCAGGGGUCACUCCGGUGGGAUGCCUGGGCUUGUGGGCAGCCUUGGAAGGGUUGAAUUUGUGGGAAGAGAAGGCAUCCUGCUGGGAUGCACUGUGGCAAUCCAGCGCUUCAGCAGCUCCGGGAGCUGGAGUUGGCUCCCCACCAGUUUCCUGUUGACGUCACCUGCUAUUUCUCUGCUGCAGUUUUUACAACUGUUGAGCUUUCAAGGGUAAUCGGAGCCCAGUCCGGCCAACCUCGGCAGCUGCCGAUGAGGGAACGCRGCUCUGCCUUCCCCAAUUCCCCCCGCUCGCCUUCGCUGCUGUCCCCAGCCUUGGGGACCCCUGGCAUCUGGGGAAAUCACGCAAGAAGGGCUCUGUGAAGCGGGCGGGUGCUUCGGGCCAUGCAUUCCCUCUGAAAAGAAUCAUCGGUGCUUGCAAGAAGUGCCGUGCGCUGGAUCCUGCGGGAAUUUUUCCCCUCCCUCCUCCAGUCCGCCCCCAUCCCUCUCUUCUGCCAGGCGUGCGGGCGCUGCUCUUCAUUUCUGGGAAACCAUGGACAAGAAGCAAGAUUCCAAAGGAUCCUUGGAGCCACACAAACCAGUGAAAGGCAAGAAGAAACGGGAUCUGAGGAUAACAUGUGUCCCCAUCAAACCACCCGUCGCCAACACAACGCCCCCGAGGAACUUGGACUCCAGGGCGUUCAUUACCAUCGGAGAUAAAAACUUCGAGGUGGAAGCUGAUGACCUGGUGGCCAUUUCGGAGCUGGGCCGUGGGGCCUAUGGCGUGGUGGAGAAGGUCCGGCAUGCACAGAGUGGCACCAUCAUGGCUGUGAAGAGGAUUCGAGCCACUGUGAACACUCAGGAGCAGAAGAGGUUGCUGAUGGACCUGGACAUCUCCAUGAGGACAGUUGACUGCUUCUACACAGUGACCUUCUAYGGGGCCCUCUUCCGUGAGGGCGACGUGUGGAUCUGCAUGGAACUCAUGGACACCUCCCUAGAUAAAUUCUACAAGAAAGUCCUGGAGAAGAAGAAAACCAUCCCUGAAGACAUUUUGGGGAAAAUGGCYGUGUCUAUUGUACGAGCUCUGGAGCACCUGCACAGUAAACUGUCUGUAAUCCAUAGAGACGUGAAGCCUUCCAAYGUGCUGAUCAACAAGGAGGGACACGUGAAAAUGUGUGACUUUGGGAUCAGUGGCUACCUGGUGGACUCUGUUGCCAAGACCAUGGAUGCUGGCUGCAAACCCUACAUGGCUCCGGAAAGAAUAAACCCUGAGCUGAACCAGAAGGGCUACAACGUGAAGUCAGAUGUCUGGAGCCUUGGGAUCACAAUGAUUGAGCUGGCCAUUCUCCGCUUCCCCUACGAGUCCUGGGGGACGCCCUUCCAGCAGCUCAAGCAGGUGGUGGAGGAGCCCUCGCCCCAGCUGCCGCCCGACCGCUUCUCCAAGGAGUUCGUGGACUUCACAGCGCAGUGCUUAAGGAAGAACCCAGCUGAGCGAAUGAACUAUUUAGAACUUAUGGAACACCCUUUCUUUACCUUGCACGACACCAAAGAGACUGACAUGGCCUCCUUYGUGACAGAGAUCCUCGGGGAGGACUCCUAACUCGCAGCUCCCAGCUUCCUGCAGCCCCUGCACCCCGGCUUCCCCGCAGGACAGCGAGCAGGGACUCGACUUCACGGUGGUUUGCACAAAUCCCACCUCCCCGGCCUGGGGGCAUCUCUGGCCCCAUCUGGCCUCGAAAUCUCUUUUCUCUUUGCCCUGAGAAGGAAAUCCUCCAGGAGGAGCCUUUUGAAGCCAACACCUUCCCAACUAAGCCACGGACACGGAAGGCUCAGAGCUCCYUGGAGAGGACCGUGCCCCUCGUGGUGCCUGAGCAGGCAGAGGGAGCUCCCUCCCUGGUACCUGGUGCACAGCACAGGGGUUGUGUUUCUUUCUUGCCCGGGGAAGACAGAGAGGAUCAGUGCUGCUGUGCUUCUGCCACUCCUCUCCUGCCUGCCCACAGCCCCUUCCCUGGGCUCUGGGCUUGCUCACCUUCCCUUUGUGCCUGGCUCUCUGUCCCCAGGAGCCCACGCAGCUUUGGGAGCUUGUGGGGCUCCCUGGGCUGCUGUUCACACCAGAGGCUGUUUUAGUGCCUGGCUCAACCCCUUAGGACCCUUUGAGGCAGCACCAGGUUGGGCAUCCCUCUCCCUCAAUCAAUGCUGCUCCCUUUGAGGGGGAUAAAAAGACAUUUUUCCACGAGCCCACUGUGACACAAACUGCAGCCCAUGCUCUCCCCGUGCCUGCCCGUGGCACUUCAUCCAGCAUCCAUCCCUUCCCUGUGGGCACCAGGYGAUGGACAGACAGCAGGUCCCCCACACUGCCUCUCCUCCCUGCAGCCCUGGGCUGGGAGGGCACGGCCCUGGCUGUCUCCACCUUCCCUGGCUCCCAGAGAAGACACUGCUCCAUCUCCUUUCCAACCUGGAGCUGAUGUAAGACCUCUCACUGUGACACCCGCUCAUCCUGGAGCCUGAACUCGCACCCCUCGUGUCCCAAACUGUCCCCAACCCCCUGCGGGUGCCAGCGAGAGCCAAACCCCKGUGACAGGCCCGGGGCUGUUGUACAUUUGAUGUCUAUAUAUAAUGGACUUUGUAACGUGUUUGCUAGGUUUAAUCUAACUCGYUAUAAAUUAAAGCCCUUCUGCGUGGGAGGAGGGAGGAGCAGUUCCGUCUCUGCUGACAAAUCCACUGUGAAAACCUGAUGUGUUUCCCCACGCUCCCAGCCCGAGGAGCCAAGGGAGCAGGAGGGGUUUCUGGCUUCUACUGUACAUGAUCACGGAUAAAUGUGCCGGCUGUGGAUUUAGGUGUUUUGUUUUUUGUUUUUUUUGUUUUUAAUAAUUGAGUUUUUCCGAAGGAUUUUUUUUUCCUUUUUCUAAUAUAUAUUUGUGUGUGUGUAUGUGUGCUCUAUAUAUAUUAUAUAUUUUUAAAUCAAGAAUGUGUGGAUGUCUAUGUGGCCAGCAGAUUUGGUGGAAUAGCAUUUUUCUGACUAAAUUUAGGCAGGUGGGGAAGGGGUGACUAGAAAACUCUAGCCUAAGAUUACCUUUUUUUUUUUUUUCUUU